GCCGAAACGUCGUGAUUUUUUGUUAUUUUAUUUUCACCUACGUGACUUUACCCAAUAGAACCAAAGAGUAUGUGCUCACAAUGUUAUUUAUCUGGUUCCUGGGCAACGAGAGGUACAGCAACUGUGUACCCUUGCCAUGAUGUGCAUGCACUUAUCAUUUAUGUUUUUAGAACGCACUUCUCUGACGAGUUUCUUAUUUUUUUUGAAAAAAACUAUUUUAAAGUUUUUGUUGUAAAACAUUGUAAUUGUAAUAACGUGCCUUUCCCUAGGCGAUGUCUGGAGAGGACGAAGAGGAAUGCAGAAGCCAGGCUGACGAUGAACUUGCACAAAAGCUCAGAGAUGUGGGUCUUGACACAGUUUACUGGAAACAGAAACUGCGUGAGGUUCUGCUCAUUUCUAAUGCACAGGCCCUGCUUCACCUCGACCAGCAGGACAGCAGAGAACUGGACUCACAUUUCCGUAAAGAGUGGGAAAAGCGAGCAUUUUAUAAAAUGCUUGGCAUUGUUGCUGCUGAUGGUGUUGUCAGUGCUAAAAAGGCAAUGAGCUUGGCUCCACAUAUACAAAUUGAUAAUCUGUUGCCUUCUGUCGUGUCUGAGAGAAUUCACGAGCCUGCCCAAGAAAUAUGUCCAUCUGUUUCAACACAUUGUUUGUCAGAUACAGAGAUUUUACAAAACGCAUCAGGGGGUCUUGCUCUAGAGGGGGUUUAUAUGAGUGGAAAGUUAGAGGAUGCAUUAGAAAAGAGAGGAAAACUCUUGACGAGCCCACAAACAUUCCGGCUCGUGGGUCUGGUCGGCAGGUCAGAGACAAAACAACACGAGUUUAUUUCUUUCAAUGAUGAAUCCAUGUUCAGGAAGACCAUGGAAGUCAUGGGCUUCAGCAGCACUGUCUCCGAGAAAGGAUGCGUCUCGUCCUUGAGUAGAAAACCAGCCUUAAUGCAAGUCAAAUCAAUGAAUCUUAAGGAAAUGCAAAAUACUCAGACUGAUCAUUCCUAUCUUUCCAGGACAGAGUUUACGUACCUGCCCCUAGCCUCAGGUAAUCUUCAUAUGGCACAACUCAGGUUGUCUGAAGCAGCCCUGAAGGAGCUACAAAUGAUUGAGAAUACGUUGGAAAAUACAAAGGAAGAUUUUAAAAGCAACGUGUUUUCCAGCAUGAGCUGCAAAUUCUUCCACAAUUUUGGCUCUCACGCAAACGAGGGUCCUCUCCAAUUUGGAGGAAUUUUUUGGAGGAAGGCAUCAGCUAAAGGUUUCAGUUUACAUCAGCAAGAUGAAAUAAAACUGCUCUUGUCUGAGUUAUUCGAACCAAACAUUGGUGCCGACUGCGGCAGUAGUAUAAUGACUGACACAGGUACUGCAAUGACAACUGAGCCAGCUCCAAGUGAUUCUGGACAUUACAGCCCGGUGCUCACCGAUGUGAUACAGAUGACUGUAACCACAACAGGGGGUAAUCCUGAUGUACAUAAUCUCCCUCAGUGGGAAUCUGCCAUUGUUGUCAACAAUAGGACAUGGUCUCUCAUCGACCGAGGAAUCAGGUUUAUACCAGUAUGGGACAUCAUCCGGUCCAAUCAUAAAUGCGAUUUUAAAGAUGUCCUGAAGUUGGCCAGUGAUCUUCAAAAAGCUUACACCAUUUUAACAAAAAAAGAAGUACAUAAUUAUCCAGAGGAUGAAUUGGUUGACAUAAAUGUCAAAGCGCAAUCGAUAAUGGAAGAUGCGAAGCAGUGGAAAGAAUCUGACAAUGACACUCAUCUGGAAAUGCUGGCGGAUCUAAAACAGAAGUUGUAUGAAUGCACAAAAACUAACAGGAGCUGGAUUGACACGUGUCUCUCACACCCAGCCCUUCAGGAAUUCUUGACGCGGAUUGUAUCGGCAUACAAGCACUCUUCUUGUGACGAAACCGAUUGGAUAAAAAUAAAAAUGCGGUACCUAUUGGAACCCAACAUCUAUGCAGUGGAGAACUUCCCCAAGCGCUCCUCGAUAACGCAGUGGGUGUAUGGGUCUGAUACAGUCAGGGUUCUUGAUGCUGAGCUAAAUGCCCUUGGCAAGACAUUUACAGAAACAAUUAAAAGAAGCGAUGGAUGCACCGACUUCUUUUGAAACUGCACUGAAUGAAGCAAAGGUGAAGGGAACCAAUGAAAUCACAUUUUCCCUCAAUUCCCUUUGCCGGUGCUUCCGAGAAAUGGAGCGGAUGGAGGAGGAGCUCCUGUUCAUUUCAUGUGCUGCUGCUUCAGGGUUCCGUACAAAGGAGAGAUCGUUCGAUCGCCUCCUCGACUAUGAAGACGUUAACUGCCUUCAGCACCAAGUGGACGCGGCACACAGCGAGUACUCAGCUCUCAAAUCUCAAAGUGCUCUCAAGGCUCAGGCGUACGUCCUCUUGAACGGUUUGACUACAGGAGUACAGUCUAAUUCACGGACCCCCCUGGAAAAAGAGGAACAUCUGACGUUCAUGAAAUCCUAUUUGGAUGCAAACAUCUGCACCGAAGUAUCAAACGUGGUGCUGGUCUAUGAUGGAGGCCCCAUUGACUGGAACCGACUCGAGGAAACUUUGAAAUCUCUUGUUGCUGGGACACUGACUAUCACAUUGGCUCCUUCGCAGACAUCGAAGGUUGAGAGUGAAACAGA